AAUCGACCCUGUAUGUGAAGCCUGUAAUUGAUAGGCUGACUAAGCUUCAAAAUUAUAAGUAAGGCUGCGUCUUAAAAAAAAGCAUGUGCUAAGAAUCAAUGUUCUAAUUUAUGUAAAUGUUUAAUAACAUUACAGUAUCAUUAUAAUCUUUAACUGCGUAAAAUGGAGUGGCCUGCUUUGCAAUAGCAGUGACAUCUAUUACAUUUAAUUACAACUACUGAGCUGCUGUACAGAGAAAAGAAAAUGUUUCAGGAAAACUCCUAGAGAUGGCAGAAAUAUCACAUUACAGGUCAAACGAGGAAACUAGAAAGGAAAAAUAUUUCCUUAUAGAGGGUUAGAAUUUCAGGAUUCGCGAUGCGUAAUAAGUAGUCAGAAAUCUUAAUUACUGACGCAAUAUGCAAAUUUAAGCCAAAUAAGAUCAAAAGACGCCUCACAUGUUAUUAAUAGACUCUACGUAGUAAAUUGGCUAGGUUAAAUUGAUAGUGAAAAUUAUUUUCAGUUUCAUUGAUCCCGCCUGUUUGUGAAGGUCACCUUGAGCGCGAAAGCUCAAAUGGGAACAAGUUCGGUGGAAGCGCCACACCACGGAGAAGCUCCGUGCAUGACGCCGCGCACGUACCUACGGUUUACACUUUGAUAUUUAACGUAAAUACGCAUUUAAACAGACAGAGUAGAUUUCACCAUGUUACUGAAUGGUUGCGCAUCGUGUCAAUAAUAUACGCGGUACCGGUUUGGUGAAUUAAGUUAUUAAACAUUUAUUGGACAGUUGAUAAACUUUAUUAAUAGAAGUGAAUAUGGACGUGCCGGCAAAGGGAAAUGUUUUGGGCAGGGUCGUACCAGCGCGGUACAUACUCGCCAUCCUCGGCUCCAUCGCCAUGGCCAUCGUCUACGGGCUGAAGGUCAACUUAUCCGUGGCCAUGGUCGGCAUGCUCAACUACACCGCCAUCAAGACGUUAGAGGGUGAUGCAGGAAGCCACUCUGCUGCUGUUGACUCUAGCAACGACUGCGGAAGUAAGAGCACUGGGAACACCACUCAUCAGGAAAUCGAUGGUCCAUUUACGUGGGGUAGCACGACGCAAGGCAUCGUGAUGAGUUCUUACUUUUGGGGGUACUUCAUCUCGCAGGUUCCUGGGGCGCGAAUAGCAGAGCUUUUCUCAGCCAAGUGGGUGAUGUUCUUUAGCGUCACCAUCAAUGUCGUAUGCACGUUACUUACACCAGUUAUGGCUGAGUGGGCCGCCGCAGCCGCCGUGGUCAUGAGAGUCGGCGAGGGGAUUGGUGGGGGCGUCACCUUUCCCGCCAUGCACGUACUACUGUCAAAAUGGGCGCCGCCAGCCGAGCGGAGUGUCAUGGCGGCCCUAGUGUAUGCCGGAACGUCGCUAGGCACCGUCAUUUCCAUGCUGCUGGCGGGCAUACUCACAGCUCAGCUGGGUUGGGAGAGUGUAUUCUAUGUUAUGGGGGGACUGGCAGCGAUCUGGUGCUUGCUGUGGGUGAUACUGAUUCAAGAUUCUCCGCAGCAGCAGCCUCUUAUCAGCGCAGAGGAGCGCAACAUGAUCGUCACGUCUUUAGGAGGGAAGAGUGAUGAUCACGGUCAUAAGAACCUGCCAGUACCAUGGCGUGCGGUGCUGACAUCACCUCCAUUCCUGGCCAUCCUGGUGGCGCACGCGUGCUCCAACUGGGGCUGGUACAUGCUGCUCAUCGAGCUGCCCAUGUACAUGAAGCAAGUCCUCAAGUUCGAAAUGACUGAGAAUGCCGUUACCACCGCUUUGCCAUUCCUGACCCUUUGGUUCUUCAGCAUGGGGCUCAGCAAGACCCUGGACUGGCUGCGAGGACGCGGCAACAUCACCACAACAACGGCUAGGAAAAUUGGCACUUUGUUUGCUUCUGUGGUCCCAGCGAUCUGCCUGUUGGCGGUCUGCUAUAUCGGCUGCAACCGUGCAGCAGCCGUGGCCCUCAUGGCGAUCGGAGUUACCUGCGUCGGCGGCAUGUUCUGCGGCUUCCUGUCUAACCAUAUCGACAUAGCGCCUAACUUCGCAGGAACCUUGAUGGCGAUCACGAACACCAUAGCCACGAUCCCUGGCAUCGUCGUCCCUAUAUUCGUUGGCGAAAUAACCAAAGGCAAUAAAACCAUAACCGCCUGGCGUGUGAUAUUCUUCGUGACCAUAGCCUUAUACGUGAUCGAGAUCCUGGCGUACACGAUCUUCGGCUCCGGAGAGGAGCAGCCCUGGAACAGGGUGCCGCAGGAGGAGCCCGCGGAAAACAAGCCGCUUAACAAUGAUACUGAGAAAACACACGUGUAAACUAAUUCAGAGGCAACUGGAGUGAUCAUUUCUACACACACGUAUUCGCCUCUUUACUCCGUAGUUUUUGACCCUAGAGCAAUUAUUUUAUCAACACAUUAAUAUUAUCAGUAUCGGUAUCGAACUGUUUUGCUUUUUUUUAAGCGCUAAAGCUCUUCUAAGAUUGCCUAAAGGAACAGAAAGAGAAGCCUGGUAUUAAAAUCUGAUAUCAACGAGCAAAACGCAAAACAGUCCGAAACGGGAUAUUUAGUUAUCAUUUAGAUUUUUCUAAGAUUCGUUACUGUUGGUUAAGUUUUGGAGGAAGAAACACUCGAGUAAGAGACCUCGAUUUUUACGCAUUCGUUUUUUGGAUUUGUUUAUUCUGUCUCAGUUUGUUUUACGUGAGUUAAUCUGGUGUUUACAGAUUAACUCACGUAAAACAAAAAAAACAAGCCCUUUCUAUUUCUUAUGUCAAAAUUGCGUUAAAAAUUCAGCGGCUUAUUCUUUGUGUGUAGUUUUUCAGUUACCGAUCACGAACCGUAAAAUGGUGUAUUAUAUCUAUAAGUAUAUUUUAUGUCACGUGUCAAAGUACUAAGGACUUUAAAAGGAUAUCGGUUAUCUUUAUAGUAUUGAGACAGCCUUAGCAUGACUUGCGAAGUCGUGCGCGACUCCAGAUGUCAAGCGCGACUUCAAGUAUGAAGUCAUGGUAAGCGGUCUGUAUUUAUUUAGAACAAUUAAUAUAAGUUUUUUUAAGCUUUUGAUGUAAUAACUUUUAAAUAUUUACUAUUAUUCUUGUCGGCUACAUACAAUAUUUAGUAAGAUUGUAAGCAAAGUCAUGUACUUAGGUUAAAACCUAUUAGACCUAUGAUUUAUUUCAAACGUUCCAGAAUUGUCUUUAUUAUUAUGAAGUAGGUAGAGUCCGUCUAAACUAACUUUGCUCCGAUUUGAACAGAACAAAGUGAGGGAGGGUUGACAUUAAUGAUGACAUCGCCACAUUUUGUCAUUAAAAAUGGCAUGCAGAGUUAGCUUGGUCCGACUCUAAUAACUUUUAUAUGUGACGUUUCACAGUUAAAGGUACCUUAUGGCGGAUGGCGCGUAGCGUAGCACCGCACUAGUAUUGCAGCCUCGUUAAUAAUGUCGUAAGCGCCAACUGCCGAAGGUACCUUUACCCGUGGAACGCCACAUAUUGUCACGUUUUUUUAAAAUGUUAGCAAUGUAAUGUAAAAUCAAAAAUAAAUAAAUAAAUCUAAGUUUGAUAUUAUCGACAGACAUUAAGCUACAACUCAACAAUAAUGCAUAAAUAGUAUGUAAGCAUUUAUAAACCGUGUUUUUUUAUUUCCGUUAAUUUCAACGGUGCAUUCUUGAGCUUAAAUGAAGUAACUUUUUCAAAGACAUCAGUAUUCUAUAGUACUUACGGUUUUUUAACAUUAGAAAGAAGGUAAGCGAUCUUGACGUGUCUUUAUUACAAAUUACUUUUGAAAAAUAAUUCACAGCAAAAUAUGUAACAAUUACAAAUCAUAUACGAUCUUUUGCAUUAUUUUGCUUUCAUAAGUAAUAUAAACAAAUUUGAAUGCUUUUUUCAAUAAUUUUCAAUAAAAAGGCACGUCAAGUUUGUUACCUUUUUUCUAAUUCUAAAAUAAACGAAAUAUAAUUAACUCCAUUUCGCAGAUAAUAACUUAUUUUUAUCUGAGUAGGCCCUUACGAGCGUGUGCGCUUGCCCUAGGGCCUGUUUACAUAUUGAUUAUGAUUAGUGUUUAGUACGGUCACGUCUGAAAAUAUCGAUAUGGACAAACGUGCCAGAAAUAUGUAUACCCUACCCCAAUAUAUAUGGGCCAUAAAGUCGUGUAUACAUAUUUUUGGCACUUCAAUCGUGUCAAUGUUUUCAGACGUGACUGUACGAGUUUAUACAUUUGCUACUAAACUUACGUACUAUCUCGGACGAUCGAUGUUCGAUAUGACACAGUUUUCAAUUGUUUGGUUGGGAUAAAAGUAAUGUCCGUGUUACAACGCUUAUAUGCAACAUUAAUAUAUUUUUUCAAAAAAAAAAAAUACAACGCCAUCUAGUUUCCUUAAACAUACCCAUGCCCGUAAGUUAAAGGAAUUAAAAAAAACACGGUAUAGGAAGUAAGAUUAAUAAAUAAUUUUAUACGUAUAUAUUUUACACGAUAUUAUAUAUGUAUUAUGAAAAAUAUACCGAGACGCUGUAUGUCGUAUGAAAAUUUAUAAAAAUAUUUAAAAUGAUAAAACUAAUCCAUUUAGAUGUCAAUUUAUAAAAACACAUUUCCUAAUUUUUAGAAUUUGAACAAUGACGAUUUUUAAAGUUAUGUAUGUUACAUAACCAUGUCUAUUCAGCUUGUACUUAUACCUAUGUAUUUUGUACUUACAUAUACUUAAUAUAAUAUAGGUGGCUUGCCAAAGACAUACUUUAUAAGAGAAUUUAAUUUUUAGAUUUAGGACAAGAUAAAUAGAUAUCUAGAGUAAGAUAAAUAAGAUAAUAUUAAUAUGUCCAUGACAUUUUUGCAGCAUUAUAUACUAAUAAUUCAGCCUCUAUGCGUCCCACUGCUGGGCACAGGCUUCUCAUGCGCGAGAGGGCUCGGGCUAUAGUCUCCACGCUAGCCCAAUGCGGAUAAAUAAAUAAUGCAUUUGCUUUUGUCAUUUUCUACAAACAUUAAAAUUAUUUUACUUAUUUUAUAAAUAAAUUGAUGUAUUGCUAAACCAA